UCGUUGAACUUUUAUUUGUUAUCUAAAAACGUCGAAAAAACAAUUGAAACUUUUAUAGAAAACGUAAUCGAAUAUCGAGUUAUCGAUAGAUCGUAGUUUAUUCCUUUUUCCGACUGACUCCGACUCGCUCGAUAAAAUAUGGCGGUAGCUACUGGAGGCUGGCUAUUAAAUAGUCUUUCCUCAACCUACAAGCAUGUGACAAGCUACAAUUUCCUCCCAAUUGGUUUCUUACAAGCACGAAAUUAUGCUGCUAGAAAAGGUACCAGGGAAAAAGCUAGGAAGAAGAAAGUCAAAGUGGUCAUUGAGAAAGUAGGCUUUAUUCCACAUAACUUGAGAGAAGCACGAGUUGCAGCUAAAAGAAAGAAGACCUUGGUCUUAAAGGAUAUUGCAGAUGAUGAUAGUCAACAGACAGAACCAGUAGAUAAUAUAUGGAUUAUGAAAGAACAUAAAUGGAAAAUCUAUCCAUUUGAAGAAGCGGUACAGACUCAUCGUGAACUGCAUCAUCCCACUAUAUAUAACUCACCAAAUGCAUUUAUAAAAGCAUUCGUAGAAUUGGAUAUGCAGGGUGUGAAAAAAACGAAAUUUGUUGAUAAUUUCACACAAAUAGUGUGUAUACCAAACAAAUUCGAACAUGGCCAAGUGAGAAAAAUAGUGGCAUUUUGCAAAAGUCCUGAAAUGCAGGAGAUUGCGAGAGAUUCUGGCGCACACUUAUACGGUGGGAAAAAUUUAAUAAAACAGGUUCAGCAAGGAGAUGUUUCAUUGAAAGAGUAUGAUAUUAUUGUAUCAGAACCAAGUUUAUUGCCUGAUUUGUUGUUAAUUAGGGGGAUCUUAAAGAGAAAGUUUCCUAGCACUAAAUUAGGUACUUUGGAUACUGAUAUAAAGGCGGUCAUAACGAAAUUCUUAGACGGCGUGAGAUAUACAGGGAAACAACACGAUCUGCUCAAAUCUUAUGGCACUGCCGAUAUUAUAUUCGGGACACUUGAUAUGGAUGUACAAAAAUUGGAAGAAAAUUUCGCUGUCAUUAUCAAUGACAUUAAUAGUCUAAAACCACGUCGACCGGGACCUUUCAUUACAAGAGUUCGUCUUGCGAGUCCACCUUUGCCGGAAAUGUUCAAAGUUGAAUUUGAACAAUAUCUAGCGAAAGAUACUGUAGUCGCAAAAGAAGAAAAAGAAGAAACAGAAGAUGGUACAUCAGAAGCUGUCAUUGCGUCUCAUUAAUUGCUCAUAGAGACAACAAUGAAAUAAGAAUUAGUUAAAUAUACACGUUAAUAAUAAGAACCUUUAUUUUCUUUCUGUUAUCGCUGACACGUACGAUUUUUACAAAAAAAAAACAUCUUGAAAUUUCAUGUACAUUAAUUGGUCUUCUUUCAGAAAGGCAAUGCUUUUAAAUUUGCAAUAAUAAUUUUGUUAAAUAUA